AUGCGGAGACGCGCCGACAGCCCUUUGGGCCCUGUGACCCAUGAUCACCAACCAACAAAGCGAAUGCGACGCGGAUCUGGAGGCGGAUCCCAGUCUCCGCCCCGAUCGGCAAACUCGUACCGCGGUGCUGAGGAUACUUCACCCAGAGUAAUCCGCACGGCGUCGCCUCAACGCCCAACCCUCCCUCCCCUCCACCCUCUCCCCCACAUGCAAACCGGCCCGUCGAAUAGCGAGCAGCGUCGGGAUGCCCCGUUCCAGAGCUUUGGACAAGCUGGCCGAGCAACUGCUCAGUCCCAGCCCCCACACUACGGACAUCAUCCAAGCCAAAGCUGGCACGGACACCGGUCAAGGCACUCGAUCGACACGCCACAUAUCAACCUCAAGAGCCCGUCGCCGCCGGCGGUGACGAGCCCCGAACGACAACGUCUAGCGGCUGAGGCGCGCUCCACUAGCGCGCAGCCUGCCAACCCGACGAGCACGACAACAGACGUCGUUUUCAGUCGCGACGUGACGAACCGCCAGCCUAGAUCCAUGAUGGCGUGCAUGCGCUGUCGCCGGCAAAAAAUGAAGUGCGACGGGCCCGGAAAGGAGCCUUGCCGCGGAUGCAGGCAGGCGGGCGUAACGUGCGUCUUUGAGAGCCGCACACGACCAAAGUCGAUCUCGACCAUGCCGAGUCGUGCGUCACCGUUCUUUGGAGGCUCGAUGCCUGCUGGACGGGGUGGAACGCCUGGCGGCGGCCCCGGGUUCUAUCCUCCCUCAGCUCAGCCCGCGGCACCGAUCACCUCUCGCCCGACAAUGGUGCCAGACUACGUCAUGCUACCCCCGCACCCCGGCGGUCCAGGCCGCGAACCACCGAUGGCUCCACCCCAGCCGCACCCGAAUUAUCCCCCGCCACUGCGGCAGCACACUCCGCCUGGCGCUGGAGGACCUGGAGGCCCGCCUCCACCGCAGUACUACACUGGUCCACCACCCGGAGCGCCGGGAUACGGUGUGCCGCCACCGGGACCCGGUCCUCCACCGGUCGUGGUCGCUCAGCAUCCUGUGGAUCCGCGCACGGACUCACGUUUACGUGGGCUCGAGACGGCGUUCCGCAGCGUCUCGACGUUGCCUGCGGCCGUUGCUGCCCUUCAACAGACGCUCAACUCCCUGUUGCGGACGCAGGAUGCGCUGGCCUCUAAGCUGGCGGGCGGAGGGGCGCCCGCUGUGGCGCCGUCGCGAGCCAUCACCGAGGUUCCCGACCAUGUGUGGGAGAGCUACCGCGUCGGCGCGUGGCCCUUGACACCCUGGCUGCCCGGCAUCAGCCCGCUCCCGGGCUUACCGGCGCACGUACUGCAAUGUCUCGGCCGGCGGGCGGCGGCGGAGCGCACCGAGUCCAGCCGGCGUGAGGGCGAUGCGGCGGCUGACGCGGUUGCGUCUGAGAUCAGCCGCCUUCUCGGUGCCCGAAUGCAGUGGACGCGUGACGAGGUCCUUAGCCUCGGCGUGUACGCGACGUGGACAGCGGAUAGCGCGCUUGGCUGCCUGGCCGUCGGGCUGGCGCGCGACUUGCAGCUCGACAGGCCGCACACGCUCAGACGGAGCCACGACGAGUGGCGUGAGUGGAUUUACGUCGUCCUUACAGACCACAUGGUCCACCUCCCCAACUUUGACGUGCCGAUGAUGCACGAUCCUCUUGCGCCGACCUGGCGCGAACUCGUCGCAGACAGCCGUCCCUCGGACCCAAGCACACUGGACAGAGACUCGAAGCUACUCGCCUGGCUCGAGUUCUCUGAGCUCCUGAUCGAGGUGCAGGCCGCACAGAGGAGCAACGAUCCGCCCUCCCCGAAGCGGGAGAGCACGGAGCGCGGAGAACCCGUGCAAGACGACGAGCAGCGACAGCGCGCACGCGACAUUUGGCGCCGCUUCGCACCCCGCUGGGACGCGUGGGCUGGCUCUGCUGGGGCGCGCCACGACCCCGUCCUCUCCCUCCACCUCAACUAUGCGAUCCUAUACACGGCCUCGCCGGUGUGGGCCGCCUCGGAGCCGGUCUGGGCCGCAGUUGCCCAGAGCCACGAGGGGUACGCGCAGCUCGAGCGGGCGCGCGACGCAGCCAUCGCCGUCCUCCAGACCCUCGGGUCACCCGAGAUCGGCCGCACCAUCGCGUACUCUUACACCGUCCUGCGGCCCAUGUUCGGCCUCGCGAUCGCCCACCUCGUCGCCCUCGUCACCAAACUCUCUCACACGCCCAUCAUCUCCCUCCCACACGUACAGGGCCAACUGCGCGCUGUGCUCGACAUGCUCGCCGACGCUGCACCCCUCGACGGCGCAGCCAUCUCACCCGCCUCACCCGCAGAGGACGGACCCGCCCUCCCCUCAUCCCUGCUGCGCGAUAUGGUUGAGACAGGGCAGGUUGCCGCGAUUGGUAAGCGGGACAUUGUGGGCGCAGAGCCGGGCCGCGACCUAUGGCGCAGGAUCUUGGGAUAA